AUGGAUCCGAUCCUCUACGAGACUCAGUUUUGGAAAAGAGCCUAUGAUCCCGACGAACUUCCUCGGCUGAUUUUUAUUCUGCACGCCAUGGUAGUAGCUGCAGCGCAGUUUGUCGACCGAGACAGGCACCCACAAUUCUAUUGCGAUUCGGAGCGUCUCUGUGCUCGUUCGUGGAAUGCUGUGCUGCUGGCCACGAUGGAUCAGCUGUCUGUCGAGGAUCUCCAGGCCUUCAUCAUCGGCGCCUUCAAUGACGUGAGGACGUGUCCCCUCGGCGGUGGAAACUCUUCCAAAGCCUGGUCCAUCGUUGGAUCCCUGAUGAGGACGAUCGAGUACUUGCAGCUCAGCAUCGAGUCCGGUAACCAUGAGAAUCCGCCGCUCCUGUAA